GAUGUGUGCAGUCUGCUCUGCUCAAAGACCCCUUUGUGGGACUUGUAUUUAUAAAGCCAGCCUGCGCCUUCAACACCUUCUGCUCAGUCUCUUCUACACCUCCAUCAUGAGAGCCGAAUGCAGUGCCACUGUCCUUCUGCUCUGUUUCAUUUGGGCCAUCAAUGCUCAGGCUCAGAACAGCAGUAUCCAGGCGAUCAGCAUCAACCACAUCGAAAGCACCCAAAACAGUCGACAGCAGCAGCAGCCGAAAGGAAGCAUCUGGGAUGAGCCCAUUCGUUUCAACAGUAAAGCAAAAGAUAGCUGCGUCAUGGUGAUCUCCAGCCAGACCAACUUCACCAAGCUGCGUGUCUCCUGCAAGAGCAAGGGGAAGUCAUACUGGUGCGAUUUCCUGGGCAAACCUAACCUCUGCAGAGCGUACAACAGCAACCCUCGACACUACUUCACUCAGAUCAUGUGGGACAUGAGGAAGCUGCCGAACGCCUGCCAGGGACCACAGGUUUACAAGCCACACAUGUGCCGCUCUGCUUCGGAUGAGAUCCAAAUGGCGUUUCAUGCCUCUUGGCCCAAAAUCUCCAUCCCCAAACUCACCCAAGCUUCUCAGAACCAGCAAAAGCAACAGCAGCAGGUCAAGUCCAGCAUCACGCCUACCAAACCACCCGGGCAAAAACAGCAGCCUAAACCCCAACAACCAGCCAAACCAGCCUCCAAACCAGCCAAGCCUGCCGUUUCCAAGCCUGUUUCACCACGUAAACCUGUAAAGAGCAUCACAGCGAGACCCACCGUGGCGGAGGAGAGUCAAGCAACCAAGAUGGCAGAGGAAUACUGCUGGAAGAGUCUCCAGGGCGUCUGCACAUACUUCAUUAACUGGUUCCAGAAUUAAUUCAUCAAAACCUCUGGUUAACAGUGUCAGAGACUUUCAGAUUGUCUGACAACCGGCCAAGUGUUUCCUCCAGAGACCAGGGCUCUCUCUUAUCCUCUGUGUGUGUGUGUGUGUGUGUGCGCGGAAAUGUGGUUAUGACUGGUUUUGUGUGAUUUUCCAUGCAAGUAAAUGUA